AUGAAAGUAAAAACAACGAGAGAGAGGGAUAUAGGAGAUGAAGAGGCCCCUUCAGUCCAAGACGUGACAGUCACGACUGAAUGCAGCUCCCGCAUCGUUGGAUCAGAAGCACACCACCUUAAUGUUGUACAUGCAGAUAUAUUGAUUGAUCUUAAGGGUGAGCUCUCAAACCAACGAUUUUCUGAUGCAUCGAAGUAG